UUUCAGUAAGGCAUAACGUAUGGCACCAACAUUAGAGGGUCCUUCGGUGGUUCACACGGAAGCUAACGCUAAUGACCGAUGUAAGUUCUGCUACUGUUAGCAGUAUGCCUGCUGAAAGCAAGCGCUCAGUAAACAUGGAUGAGAAAGACGUUUGUUCCUUCAAUAACAAGGAAAAAGAGAAGGAUAGAGAUAGUGAGAGAAGACCAGUAUCUGCUCGAGACAAGGCUAAAGAUGAAGCCAAAAUGAGUGGUAAAAAAGACAAUGUCAAGGAGGAGAAGAGAAAGCGCCUAGAGGAGGAAAAGAAAAAGAAAGAGGAAAAGGACAGAAGGAAGAAAGAGGAGGAAAAACAGAAAGCGGAGGAGGAGCAGAAGAAGAAAGAGGAGGAGGAGAAGAGACAGCAGGAGGAGCAGGAGCGGAAGCUACAAGAGGAGGAGGCCAAAAGACAACGUGAGGAGGAAGCAGCUCUGCUGAAAGAAACGGAGGAGGCGCAUCAGCUGCACCAGGAGGCCUGGGAGCGCCAUCAGUGCAGGAAAGAACUUCGCAGCAAGAACCAGAAUGCCCAAGAGGGUCGGCCUGAAGAGGCCUUCUUCAGCCGACUGGAUUCCAGCCUUAAAAAGAACACUGCCUUUGUCAAGAAGCUACGUACACUUACUGAACAGCAGCGAGACUCGCUUUCUAAUGACUUUGCUUCAUUGAACCUCAGCAAGUACAUUGGCGAGGCUGUGAGCUCUGUUGUGGAGGCCAAACUGAAGAUCUCUGACGUAGGCUGUGCUGUCCAUCUCUGCUCCCUCUUCCACCAGCGCUAUGCUGAGUUCGCUCCUUUGCUGUUACAAACAUGGAAGAAACACUUUGAAGCAAGGAAGGAAGACAAAGCGCCCAAUGUGAGCAAGCUGCGCACAGACCUGCGCUUUAUUGCUGAGCUCACCAUCGUUGGCCUCUUCACAGAUAAAGAGGGUCUUUCGCUGAUUUAUGAGCAGCUGAAGAACAUUAUUGGGACCGACCGGGAGACACACACUCAUGUGUCGGUGGUAAUCAGCUUCUGUAAGCACUGUGGGGACGACAUUGCUGGUCUGGUUCCCCGCAAGGUGAAACUGGCAGCUGAGAGAUUUGGUUUGGCCUUCCCUCCAAGCGAGAUAAUCAGCACAGAGAAACAGCAGCCCUUCCAGAACCUUCUACGAGAGUACUUCACAUCACUCACCAAACACCUGAAGAAGGACCACCGGGAGCUGCAGAACAUUGAGAGGCAGAACAGGCGUAUCCUACAUUCCAAAGGGGAGCUGAGUGAGGACAGGCACAAGCAAUAUGAAGAGUUUGCCACUUCCUACCAGAAGCUGCUGGCCAACACUCAGUCCCUGGCUGAUCUGCUUGAUGAAAACAUGCCAGAGCUACCUCAGGACAAGACUGUGCAGGAGGAACAUGGCCCUGGCAUUGACAUUUUCACCCCCGGUAAGCCUGGAGAGUAUGACCUGGAGGGGGGGAUCUGGGAAGAUGAAGAUGCUCGUAACUUCUAUGAGAACCUUGUGGAUCUGAAGGCCUUUGUCCCCGCCAUCCUCUUCAAGGACAACGAGAAGAGUAGCCAGGGCAAAGACAAGGAUGAUGCCAAAGAUGGCAGAGAGGGGAAGGAUGCAGCCAGCACCACAGAGGAGCUGGAGCUGGAGCUGGAGGCUCUGGACAUCACAGAUGAACCUCUUGAACUGGAGGGACCAGACGAGGCAGAAAACGAAGAACUGGCCAAAAAACUGCUGGAUGAGCAAGAACAAGAGGAUGAGGAGGCCAGCACAGGGUCCCACUUGAAGCUAAUUGUGGAUGCCUUCAUCCAGCAGCUCCCCAACUGUGUCAACAGGGAACUCAUCGAUAAGGCUGCCAUGGACUUCUGUAUGAACAUGAACACCAAAUCUAACAGGAGGAAGCUUGUGCGAGCCCUCUUCACCGUCCCCAGGCAGAGGUUGGAUCUUCUGCCCUUCUACUCCCGCUUGGUGGCAACUCUGCAUCCCUGCAUGUCAGAUGUGGCUGAGGACCUCUGCUCCAUGCUGAAGGGAGACUUCAGGUUCCAUAUUCGGAAGAAGGACCAGAUCAACAUUGAGACAAAAAAUAAAACAGUCAGAUUUAUUGGGGAACUGGCCAAGUUCAAGAUGUUCUCCAAAACAGACACACUUCAUUGUCUUAAGAUGCUGCUGUCUGAUUUCACCCAUCACCACAUUGAGAUGGCCUGCACACUGCUAGAGACCUGCGGCCGCUUCCUCUUCAGAUCCCCUGACUCUCACCUUCGUACCAGCGUCCUGCUGGAGCAAAUGAUGCGUAAAAAGCAGGCACAGCAUCUGGAUGCCCGCUAUGUGACCAUGGUGGAAAACGCCUACUACUACUGUAACCCUCCACCCAUGGAGAAGACGGUGAAGAAGAGGAGGCCACCGCUGCAGGAGUACAUCCGCAAGCUGCUCUACAAGGACCUGUCCAAGGUCACCACAGAGAAGGUUCUGAGGCAGAUGCGCAAGCUGCCCUGGCAGGACCCUGAGGUCAAGAGCUAUCUGAUCUGCUGCAUGGUCAACAUCUGGAACGUCAAGUACAACAGCAUCCACUGUGUGGCCAACCUGCUGGCUGGCCUAGUGGCCUACCAGGAAGACGUGGGCAUCCAUGUUGUGGAUGGAGUGCUGGAGGACAUUCGGCUGGGCAUGGAGGUCAACCAGCCAAAGUUUAACCAGCGGCGGAUCAGCAGCGCAAAGUUCCUGGGUGAGCUCUACAACUACCGCAUGGUGGAGUCAGCCGUCAUUUUCCGCACCCUCUUCUCCUUCAUCUCCUUUGGGGUCAACCAGGAUGGCAGCCCCAGCCCCUUGGAUCCUCCAGAGCACCUGUUCCGCAUCCGCCUGGUCUGCACCUUGCUCGAUACCUGUGGCCAGUACUUUGACAGAGGCUCCAGCAAGAAGAAGCUGGACUGUUUCCUCAUAUACUUCCAGCGUUACAUCUGGUGGAAAAAGAGCGUGGAUGUUUGGACCAAGGACCACCCCUUCCCCAUCGACAUUGACUACAUGAUCAGCGACACCCUGGAGCUGCUCAGACCCAAGAUGAGGCUCAGCUGCUCCCUGGAGGAGGCCACCAAGCAGGUCACCGACCUGGAGAGGGAAGUGCUCGUCAAACUAGGACUGGCCGCGGAGAAGGACGGCCGCUCCAGUGCCAUGAGUGAAGGGGAGGUUCUCGAUGAGGAAGACGAUGAUGGCGAUGAUGAGGAAGAGGGAGGAGCUGAGACUGAGGAGCAGUCGGGCAAUGAAAGCGAAAUGAACGAGCAGGAAGAGGAUGAAGGGUCUGAGAAUGAAGAGGAGGAGAGGGAGGAAGAGGAAGAGGAGAACACAGACUACCUGACAGACUCCAAUAAAGAAAAUGAGACUGAUGAGGAGAACAAUGAGGUAACCAUCCGUGGCGGUGGUCUGAAGCAUGUAGCCUGCGCCGAGGACGAGGAGUUCAUUCAGGCUCUGGAUAAGAUGGUGCUGGAGAACCUGCAGCAGCGUAGCGGCGAGGCGGUGAAGGUGCACCAGCUGGAUGUAGCCAUUCCCCUGCAGCUGAAGAGUCACCUGAAGAAGGGAGGCGCCGGACAGCCGUGCAUGGGAGAGGGGGACACUGACAUCUCCGACACCAUGCAGUUUGUCAUGCUGACACGCAAGGGCAACAAGCAGCAGUAUAAGAUCCUGAACGUGCCCCUGUCUUCCCACCUGGCGGCGAACCACUUCAACCAGCAGCAGGCUGAACAGGAGGAGCGCAUGAGGAUGAAGAAACUCACCCUGGACAUCAAUGAGAGACAGGAGCAGGAGGACUACCAGGAGAUGAUGCAGUCUCUCGCCCAGCGUCCAGCUCCGGCCAACACCAACCGAGAGCGUCGGCCUCGCUACCAGCACCCGAAGGGUGCUCCCAAUGCCGACCUCAUCUUCAAAACUGGAGGAAGGAGACGCUGAACGGAGUCUGGGCCCGGGCUGAGCGCACAAGAGAGAGAAUGAAUGAGCAAGAAGGAGAGAGAGAAAGAGAAGAUCGGAGGGGAAACCGGUCUAAAACGGAACAAGUCCUCCAGACGCCCACUGGUGAUGGCAGGACAGACCAAACCCCUGACCUGAACACACACUCUUACCCUGCUGAGGGGCAUGGAGCACAAGGAGGAGAAACAAAAGGCGGGAGCUUGAGGUCAGAGGUCAGGGUUCAGAGAGGUAGCUGUCUUUUCUUUUUUGUCUGUUGAAUGAAGUGACAAAAAAACAAUUGUCUGGACCAAGUACAAAGAUGACUGAAUUUCUGACCGGCCGACUGAUGGCGAGACGGACUGGAGAGCAGGAUCGACGGAUCGCCUCUCACCGUCACACCAGGUGGGGGAAGAGUGACUCGUAUUUAGGAGUUAAAAACCUGCAAGUGGACAACAUUUACAUGAUAUGGAUAUUUUUUGUUUUUUGGACUUAGGAGCACAUCUAACGUCUUGCUAAAUUGCAAAGUGCAGCAGUGAGAGGGAGAUGAAGGGCAGCAUGAUGAGGUUUAAACACUGGUUGUGUGUUCAUAAACUGUUCAUCCCGUGAUGCAGGCAACAAGAUGUUUUGCACACACAGAGGAAUUUAUCUGGUCAGAAAGAUCAAAAAGUGGCUGAUGGGACAUCACUCUUGUUCUGCUGUUUUUGAUUGAGAGUGGUUUGUCACUAAGGCUGCAGCUGAAGAUUAUUUCCAUUAUAGAUUCAUUUGUAGAAUAUUUUCUUCAUUACUUUGCAUAGAAAAUGGUGAAAAAAGCCCUUUAGUGUCAACCAGAUGGAUUCAGAUUGGUUGUUUGUUUUAACUGAGUCCAAAAUCAAAAAAAAAAUGUUUUUACUGUCAUAUAUAACAGAAAAGCAGCAAAUCUUCAAAUAAUUUUUAGCUUGAAAAUGGCAGUAGUUUAUGAAAAAAAGUCUCAGAUGAAUUUUCUGUCAGAUGUUUGUUGCAGCUGCAGGUUUUGCCAUGUCACUGCCUUUCUACUGGAGUAUGGCACUUCUAAACAGUAUGCCCCCCUGUCAAAACAGGGCAUAUUUUAAUUUACAGCACUUGAUUUUACUUGUGAAUAAUUUUCUAACAAUUUUCCUAAAAAUAACCGGUAACAUUUCACACUAAUUACAGAGAAAAAUGACACGUUCUGGGGCAAUGAUUUGACUAGGUGAGCUGAACCGAUUAAUUGAUUGGCAGAAAAGUGAUCAAUAAUACUUUACCUUAUGCCCUCUCUUUACAUUCCAAUAUUUUCCAGCUACUGUCCUGUAGCUCUUCAUCAUAAUUUCCUAAAAAUAUUUGGCAUUUCAAUGUAAAGUGAAACGUUUAGUUGGUACUUAGAGAAAUGGAAAGCCUUAAUUGGCACAGUUACAAAAUACCUGCUCAUUACAUUUGAGGUUUUAAGGGAAAAAAAAGAACGUUAUGUAGUAGGUAAUUGAAAGAUAGCUCAUAAUAUGAUGUCACUAUUCACUGGAGUUUCCUAGAUAGACCAUUUAUCAGUAGUAAUGGAAGCUGCACACCAAAAACCAGCUCAGAAUCAACAUAUACAAUUAGAACAAGAGUCAGUUUCACUUCAGAUACUUUUCGAUCUCCUUGCCAUUCAGACAUCUGGGAGAUCCGAAGACCUGAGAGAGCAUCAUGUGACCUGCUUUGUGAUAGCAUCAUGUGACCUGCUCUGUGAUGGACA